UCCCCAACGCAGUCAUGCCCACAGGGGUCUGCUGGCUGCAGGAAGCAGUGCAAGCCUGACUACUACCUGAAUGGAGUCAGCCGUUGCACCGCCUGCGUGAGCUGUUCAGGAGAUGACCUUGUGGAGAAGGCGCCGUGCUCCUGGAACUCCUCCCGGGUCUGCGAGUGCCGGCCUGGCAUGUUCUGUGUCACACCCGUCGCCAACUCCUGUGCCCGCUGCCGCCUCCACUCUGUCUGCCCUGGGGGGAUGGUUGUUAAGGUCCCAGGUACGGCAGAGAAGGACACGGUCUGUGGGCUGCCUUCCCCAGAAGCUGGCCCCGGCUGCACCAGCUCAGAGGACUGUAGCACACCCGCCAGACCCAUGAGUCAUGUGUGGCCCAUGUAUGUCCAGCAUGCACGGAAGGCCCAGAAGUUCUAUGAGCACAGCUCUUGCUCCCAGGAGCUCACGGCUGGCCUGUGGACCCUUGUGAAGGGGCCGAACAGCUCCAUGGCCCAGGCCACGUCCACCUUAACGUCCCCAACCACUGCCAAAGCCAGGACCACGCUUCUGAGAGGGGGCAGCCCCGUCACUGUACGAGCUGCUUCUGGUCUGGUGAGAGCUCCCAAAGCUCCCUCCUCCGUGGGGGAGCCCAGUCCCAAUCCAGGACUGUCCCUGUUACAGCAGCCAUGCCUACAGGGCUCUGCCGAUUGCAAGAAGCAGUGUGGACCCGAGUACUACCUGGACGGGGCUAGCCGCUGCACAGCCUGUGUGAGCUGUGCUCAAGAUGACCUUGUGGAGAAGGCGCCGUGCUCCUGGAACUCCUCCCGGGUCUGCGAGUGCCGGCCUGGCAUGUUCUGUGUCACACCCGUCGCCAACUCCUGUGCCCGCUGCAUUGCCCGCCUCAACUGUGCACCGGGGACAGUUGUCAAACGCCAGGGUAUGACUAAGAGGGACACCACCUUGGAGCCAUCUCCUCCAGGGACCCACCCUGACUGCAGCACCCCAGAAAACAGUGAGGCGCCUGCCAGCACUGCCCCCAGCCUGCAGCCCCUGCUGGAUUCCCACACCAUCUCCACCGUCUCUUUCUCCUCCACGAGGAAGCCCAUUCUGGAUCCAGGGCCUGUGCUCUUCUGGGUGGUCUUGGUGCUGCUGGUGGUGGUUGGCUUCAGCUCCUUCCUUUUGUGUUACUGGAGGGCCUGUAGGAAGCGGAUUGGACAAAAGCUCCACCUGUGCUAUCCGGCCCAGACCUUCCGUCCCAAGCUGGAGCGUAUGGAUUCCGGACCAAGAAGGAACCCGACACAGCCAAGAAGUGUGUCAGUGUCAGAGCCGGGAGCAGAAGUGCUGAGUGUCGUGAGACCCCCAUCUCUGGAGAUGUGUGCCCAUGUGGGGGCGUCCUGCCCAGAGAGCCUGCCACUGUUGGAUGACAGCCCGGCCACAGGCCCCUUGGCCCCUAGGGACCCUCCUGAGCCCCGGGUGUCCACAGAGCACACUAAUAACAGGAUCGAGAAAAUCUACAUUAUGAAGGCUGACACGGUGAUUGUGGGAACCGUGAAGACCGAGGUACCUGAGGGCCGGGCUCUCGCGGGGCCCACAGGGCCUGAGUUGGAGGCGGAGCUAGAGGUGGACCAUGUCCCUCACUACCCAGAGCAGGAGACGGAACCACCUCUGGGCAGCUGUGAUGUCAUGUUCUCCGUGGAGGAAGAAGGGAAGCAGGACCCCCAGCCCUCAACCGCCUCUGGGAAGUGA